AGGUCAAGAAAGUAAAACAUUGCUGGAAUAUCCAGAGAAUAAAACGUGAAACCUAAAGAAUGCUGGUGAUCAGAAUACAUAAAAUGUCUGCUGAAAAUGUUGGUAGACAAGCCUCAUAAACUACACAUAUACAGUGAUGCCAAGAAUAUUGAGAGUGUUCUAUGAAGAAGCUGGACCUUCCUCUGAGAUUGACUCACAGAGACACAGAUUCACCAGUAGGUAUUUAUUUAUGUGAAUAAAGGGAGCGCUGAGAGUGAAUUAACCAUUUCUUCUACUGGCCCUGGGGAAGACCGCUUAUGAAACAGAAGACAGGCCAGCCCCAGUGAAUGCUAUUCCAUAUCAGCUGUUAGAAGAUUGUGCUCCCAGGGAGAUGAUUCCUCAUGAAGUUGUUGGGGUUCCUUCUGGAAUUAAAUGUGAUUUUCCAUUCACCAGACUGAAAUCAGUAUCAGUCAGGCAGUGAGCAAGUAGUGGGGGUUGGCGGGGGUGGCAGAAAGCAAAACAUGAAAUCUAAUCAAGAAAGGAGCAAUGAAAGCCUGCCACCGAAGAAACGUGAAAUUCCCGCCACCAGUCGACCUUCUGAAGAAAAGACAGUCGGACUGACAAAUGAAAACCACCGUACAGAUAGUUUAUCAUGGCUUCCCACCAGCAGCCAUGGUGGACGUCAUCAUGGGCCUGUAGGAACUUCAGUAGAAGCUGGUUUACAACAGGGGGCAGGUUUACAUAAAACCCUUUUAACUGGUAUAGACUAUUCCCCCCCUAGUGCUCCAAGGUCGUUACCAGCAGCAACAACAGGUCCUGCCAUUUAUCAAACUGUGCAGUCUCAGUCAGGGGCAUCAAUGUCUCCUGUGCAAUAUGCUAAUGUGCCCCAAACGUUCCAGUUUAUUGGACCGCAUUAUAGUGGACCAUCGUAUGCAGGGUUCAUCAAUUCGCAGCUAGUUUCACCUACAUCGAAUUCUGCAUCAAGUGCUGUGUCCUCAACAGCAUCAGGAGUCUCCACUCCAUCACAACGUUCCCAGAUGGAGGCUUAUUCCACUAUGUUGGCCAAUGUAAGCAGUUUAAGCCAGCAGGGGCAUAAAGGUGAAACACAUCUAGAUCGGACUCCAGGAUUGAUUACAGCAGGAUCUUCACCUACACAGUCAAGUCAUUAUGUGCAUAAUUUAAGCUCGUCACAGAGUGGAGUCAGAAAUCUGUCACCAUCAACUAUCCCAGUCCAUUUACAUACCCACCCAGUGAUUCCACAUACACUUACCCUGGGUACUUCCCCCCAGGUGGUUGUGCAGUACUCAGAUUCAGGAGCUCAUUUUAUUGCUAGGGACCCUACAAAGAAAGAAGACAGUUUCAGGUCACAAGCCAAGGAAUUAUUAAAUGGGGAGAUAGAGAAGGUUAGGAGAUUUCUGGUCCCUUCCUCAGCAGAUGCACAGCUAAUGAAAGCAGGCAAUAAUAAACCAGCUUCCCAACAUUAUGAGACAAGGCAUGUAGUGAUGCACCCAAGUACUGAGUUCAGUGCUCGGGAUCCCUCAGGUGUUCGGACCUCUGUCAUGGUGGUGCCCAACAGCAACCAAGCUGCCACAGACAUUGAUGUUCAACAAACCAUUAAGAGAGAAACCUCACCCUCAACUGCUCAUAACAAGGGAAGCUUACACUUAGGAAAACCAUCCCACCGGUCCUAUGCUUUAUCCCCACAACAGACUUUAUGCGCAGAAAGCGUGAAAACCAUGGCCACUUUAUCUCCUCACACUGUCAUCCAGACAACUCAUAGUGCAGCAGAGCAACUUUCUGUUGGGCUGCCUGCUGCAGCCUUUUAUGCGGGUACACAACAGCCAGUUAUUGGCUAUCUCAGCAGUCAGCAGCAGACCAUUGGUUACCCUGGAAACUUGCCACAGCACUUGGUUAUUCCAGGCACACAGCCCUUGCUCAUACCUGUUGGCAAUCCAGACAUUGAACCAUCCGGGGUGAGGGUAGCACCUACUAUUGUCACUUCAUCUCCCCAAUAUGCAGCAGUGCCUCAUACUUUUGUCACUACGCCCAUUCCUAAGAGUGAUAACUACAGUGCUGAAUCACUGGCAACUCAAGCAGCCUACCAGACCACAUUGGUUCCAGCUCAAAUUCACCUCCCACUAGUACAGUCUGUUGCUUCUCCAAUGGCAGCUGCUCCCACACUGCCCCCUUAUUUCACAAAAGGGUCAAUCAUUCAGCUGGCCAAUGGUGAACUAAAGAAGGUAGAAGAUUUAAAAACUGAAGACUUCAUACAGAGCGCCGAUAUUAGCAACGAUCUGAAAAUAGACUCCAGCACUGUUGAAAGGAUUGAGAACAGCCAUAGUCCAGGCAUUGCUGUGGUUCAGUUUGCUGUCGGAGAACAUCGAGCACAGGUCAGUGUGGAAGUCUUGAUAGAAUAUCCAUUCUUUGUGUUUGGUCAAGGCUGGUCAUCAUGUAGUCCUGAGAGAACAAGCCAGCUCUUUGAUUUGCCAUGUUCCAAGUUGUCGGUAGGAGAUGUCUGCAUAUCGCUUACACUCAAGAAUUUAAAAAAUGGCUCAAUAAAGAAGGGGCAACCCAUGGAUCCAGCUAGCAUCUUGCUGAAGCACCCAAAGAACGACAGCCUGCCUGGAAAUAGAUAUAGGUAUGCAGAACAAGAGAAUGGGAUUAAUCAGGGAAGUGUACAGGUUUCAUCUGAGAAUGGAGAACUAAGGUGUCCUGCUGGAUUGAAUGCCGUGUCCUUUGAAGCCAAAACAGAACCUGGUAAACCCAUGACAACAAGGAAGAGGAGGUGGUCUGCCCCAGAAUCACGAAAAUUAGAGAAAUCUGAAGAUGAACCACCAUUGACUCUUCCCAAGCCCUCUUUUAUUCCUCAGGAGGUUAAGAUUUCCAUCGAGGGUCGAUCUAAUGUAGGGAAGUGAAACCUGUUCAGAAAGGAGAAAUUAGGCUUACCCUUGUCAUUUUAUUCAGAUUACUGUACUGUAGAAUAAAUAACCCAGUAUUUACAUGUUAUCAUCUUAUUUUAGGUUUAUAACAUUGUUAUAGUUGCGGCUGGUAUCCUUCGGAAGGCUGUUGGUGCAUAUGUUCUUUUCACAAGUGUUCACUAGUAUGGUAGCUAGAAUGUGGGGGAGCUACUUAAGAGGCAGUCUAAUCUUUCCGCAGUCUUGAUGGAGAGGGUUGUAUAAGUGCGGCUACUGUGAUUUAGUUGCAGGGUGCCAAUUUCAAAUUUCAACCACGUUCUACUUUCAAAUCUUUCAGAGAGGAUUACAAGGGAAACGAAGAAAGAAAAAAGUGCACAUGUGGCGUGUGUGCUUGCAUGCAUACUGAUAUUUGAGCUUUCCCAUGGGUGGUAUAGCUUUAUGUUGUGGGUCACUGGCACAAAUAGAUAACAAGAGUUAAGGGUCAUUGUCAUGUCGACAAUGCUGAAAUACCAAUUUACAUAUUUUGUUGUCAUUGUCCAGUGUUCACAU